AUGACACAUAUAAGAUUGAUUUAUUUUAAUGUUGAAUUACGCGCUGAAUUAAUCAGGCUUAUUUUAGCCCACGGCGAGAUUGAAUUUGAAGAUGUGCGAUUUGAGAAAGAAGAUUGGCCACGCAUCAAAGAACAAAAUGAUUUCUUAUUCGGCCAAGUACCCAUACUGGAAGUCGAUGGUGUCCAAAUUGCCCAAAGUUCUGCCAUUGUACGCUAUGUCGCUAGAAUGGCUGGAUUAGCCGGUAAAGAUAGUUUAGAGCAAGCCAAAGCGGAUAUGUUAGCCGACGCCUUUUGCAAUGAUAUUCUUGAAAAAUUUUACCGGAUUGCUUUCUUUGAGCGCAAUGAAGAAAAGAAAACACGCUUGGAGUGUGAAUUUCGCGAUUGUAUUAUGCCCGAUUUCUUAGAUCGUUUAGAACGAUUCUAUAUUCGAGAUGGUGGAGAUUUCUUACUUGGUGACCAACUAACUUAUGCCGAUUUAGCAUUUUAUCGUAUGAUCAAUCUAUGUAAACGCUAUUUAAGGUGUAGUCAUCCUAAACUACGUGAUCUUUAUCAUAAAGUCUCCAGCUUGCCCAAUAUUGCCAAAUGGGAGCAAAGUAAGCCUAAAACCCGAUUUUAA